GUGUCAAGAAGUUGUCGGAGGGGAAGGCUUUGGCCGACGAGCUCUUUGGAGAAGACACGGGGCAUUUGACGCGAAGCAGAAUUUGGAGCAUCACAGGGCCUCACGAUGGGCUCAUAGUGAAUCAUGUGCUGUCGGUCCAGAAUGGUUUAGAUUGGCUUUCUUCUUGUGCUUCUGUUGCAAGGAUUCGUGAGGAUGUGGGAGAUCAUGUGACAUCUUCUCAGAGCAAG